CUACUAUAAAUAGUAAGUUUAAUUAAAUAUAUAGUCGAGUUGAUUGUUUCUUAUAAAACUAGGGGUGAAGUAAAUUCAAAACAUAGCAUUAAUGGGAGGAAACCGAUAAAGAGUUGUAUAAAUUCAAAUGUUUAUAGCAAGCAUGCUGCUGGUUAGGUAGCCAAUACUUGUAGUUCUUACAUUUAUUUUCAUAUGAAGUAUAGUUUUUAUAGCCAAAAAAAGUUUGCUUUCUGAUGUGGACUUUGACAUUUCUUUUCUUUAUUAUUUUUCUAUGAUUUCAGACUUUCAUUGGUAUCAACGGAAUUAGAGAUUUCCAGCUAAAUGUCAGCCAACGAGGAGGUUGUGGAGAGUCUUGCACUUGUUGUAUAUAAUGAGAGUGCAUCUACAAUCAAUGAAACUGGGCUUCAACUGUAUCCAGUUUCUGAGAAUGAAUGUGGUGAAGGUUUACCAUAUGCUCCUAUGGAUUGGCCAAAUGUUGGUGAUAAGUGGGGAUGGAGGACAGGGAAAAGAGCUACAAACAAAGGCACCUUCAAAGAUAGAUAUUUGUAUCUUCCGGAGCGUUUUCAGGCACCAAAAAAUGGAAAGGAAAAUGCCUUUCGAAGUAAGGCUUCAGUAAAAAAAUAUCUCCAAUCUGCGUACCCUGGUAUGGAUAUCAAUCGAUUCUUUGCCUCAUUCAGUUGGAUGAUUCCUUCAAAGCAGUCGGCAAGCUCAAAAGGUUAGCUUCAACAAGGCUCUUCGGUAUAUAUCAUGUAGAGAUUUAUUCAGUUGUUUGCAUCACUUAAAUGAAGCAGUAAUAACCACAUGGCUCACUGUGUAUACUAAACUUCGAAAAAAAAUUAAUAUUUACCGAGUUAUGUGUAAGGACCGAUUCCAAAUCACAUGUCUCACCUCUUG